CACUCCAAGACUUGGAAAUCUCGAUCCUAAUGAACAUACCAAGUUGGCCCCACUUGUCAGUGAGCAAUGACCAUGAGCACUAGCUCAGUGGAUAUAAGCAACCUGCUCAUGUCAAAUCACACAUUAACCAGCACCAACCCCUCUCACCUCAUAAAAACACUCCCCCUCGUUAACAUCAAGGAGAAGAGAUUAUCAGCUUCACAUUCACCGGAGAAUGCAAGAAGAGAAAGGCCAGAACUGUCUUCUCUCUUCCUUGAGGUGUUCAUGCCUUGCAUCAUCUGAGAUGUAAUGCGAUGCAGGUAUAGGUGAUGGGUGAGAAGGGGUGUGAUUGCAGAAAGUGGCAGGAGCACUACUACAGGGAGCACAUGGAUGUGAGCAGGAUUCGUUUCUUCAGGCUCAUGACAGGGGAUUUUGCUCAUGGCAUUAGCAUACCUGAGAAGGUUGCAGAGAUUUUCAGUGGCCAGAUCACCAAAGGGUUCAACCUGAAAUCACCCAGCGGCGAAACAUGGCGUGUCGGCGUCGCAAAAGUUGCUGAUGAGCUGAUCCUCAAAUCAGGAUGGGAGGAUUUUGCCAAGGCUCAUGAAUUGCAGGAGAAUGACCUCCUGUUCUUCACUUGCAAUGGCCAUGGCAAUGGCAGCUGUUCCUUUGAUGUACUAAUCUUUGAUGCAAGUGGCUGUGAGAAAGUGUCUUGCUUCUUCACUGGUAAAAAGAACAGCUACAUGUGCAAGAAUUUCAACAGUAUAGGCGGUCAGGUUGCUGGGCAAUAUCUUUCAAGUGAUUCUGAAGAUACUAGCACACCAUCAGUUCUAAUUGGAUCGCCUCACAAGGCCUCUACUUCAAAGAAAUUGAGUGGCAAGACCAAGACUAAUCCAAGGAAGGAACCUGAAGAUCCAAACUGUAGCCACUGGCAUGUGAUUGAGGAAAAGAAUACUGAUGAUGAUGAACAUGCUGACUACCACUACACGAGGUUUGCCAAUUACCUGACUGGCGAGGAACGAGAUGAGAUAUUCAGUUUGGUAUCCCUGCAACCAGGCAAUCCUGUGUUUGUAGUUGUUCUGCAGACGGCGCAUGUUCGUCGCAGGAACAUCCUGAUCGUCCCCACUAGAUUUGCAGCUGAUCAUCUUGAGAGAAAAUCACAUGACAUCCUGCUGAUAAGACCAAACAGAAAACAGAAGUGGUCUGUCAAAUACUACUACCUUUCAAACACAACCAGGGGAUUCAACUGCCAUCGAUGGAUCAAGUUCAUCCGCGAAAACAGGCUGCGAGAGGGAAAUGUCUGCAUCUUUGAGCUGAUGAAAGGCGCAAGGCGACCGACCAUGACUGUUCAUGUCAUUGGCAAGGCCGAUAACCGGUUUGUUCUACUGGGCUAAGUUCCAGGCAUCCUCCUCUGUUAAAUUAUAUGUAGACUGUGGUAGUAUUAUAUAUGUAAUGUGCAAAUGUGGCGUCUGCAAGCAUGUGUGUUUUAUGUAGCAGUAAGAACUGAGCUGGAAGUAGCUGGUGGCACAUUUGUAUGAUGCAGGUGAUCUAUGUGCCAUGAGGCUAAACUCUCUUGUUAUGUAA